AUGUCCGCCCCGUCGAGCUCGAUGUCCCAAGUAGCUGCAGCCCUGAACGAACCCAGGCUUUCCACCUCGGGUUCGUCCGGCUCGCUGCCUUCGCUGGACUCAGACGGGGACUCGAGCGCAGCUCGUUCCUCCGUGGCCUCCCUUCUGGCCCACAUGCCCAUGCGCAAGAAUGAGCACUUAGCUGUGCUCCUUCCCCGCGACCUCUGGAAGCCCGACUCGCAGGCCGCAUACUGCGACGCCUUCACAUGUCGCGCCCCGUUCACGCUCCGCGAACGCAGGCACCACUGCCGCAAGUGUGGCGGUAUAUUCUGUGCCUCGUGCUCCGCGCGCACGACGCCUCUCCUCGACACGUCGAACCUCGCGUUUCUACAUCCGCCGAAGGGCACUCCCCUCGCGAUGUACGCGUCCGAGCGCGCGCCCUUGCUCCCGCACAGGGUCUGUGACGCGUGCCAUGACCAGAUUCACGGCAUACCGGCCAGACCAUACCCCGUCCCCGACGCGGUCGUAACUCCCGCCUCACCAGGCUUCGAGCUGGAUUCUGCUUCCGCCUCCGGUUCGGAAGGCGGACUCGCUGCACCUAUGUCGCGCACGAGCUCGCUGAGGGCACGUCCACGUAACGGCACAUGGUCGCGCUCCGCUUCGACGGUCUCUUCGCGCUCGCAUUCACCCGCCACGCCGCCUGCAUCUGCCGAGCUCGGUGCGCUGGCAGCGUAUCCCCUCUGGCAGCCCUCGUUGCUGUGCAAGGCCACGGGUGGUGGCCGCUGGGUGCCUUCGCCCGACCCGAUCGACCCCGCGCUGCGCAGCGUACCGGGCGGCAAAGCUCCGUAUGAGCUUGCGCUUGAGGCCGAGGAGGCGGCUGAGCGCAACCGCUGGGAUAGCCCUAUCAUCCGCGAUGGCGAAUUCAUGAUGCGUAAGCCCGUCGACCGCGGCGCUGCUGCACGCUCCUCAUAG